CAUUUCAUCAUUCACAGCCUAAAUCAACCAAAGAUCAGUAAAAACAACCGUAAACAUGCAUAAACUUCCAACGAUCGACUUCACAAACAAGAGAAACUUGAAACCCGGGUCAACCUCAUGGCUAGCAACUUCCAUUGAAGCGACGCGUGCGCUUGAACAAUAUGGUUGUUUUAUAGCAGAGUUUGAUAAAGUAACUCCAGACCUCAAUGAUGCAGUUUUUAAGGGCUUACAAGAUUUGUUUGAUCUCCCUACUGAGGUUAAAGUACAAAACAAGUCAACAAAGCCCUUGUAUGGAUAUGUUGGUCAAAUACCAUUCAUUCCUCUUUAUGAAAGCAUGGGCUUUGAUUAUUCCAACACCCUUGAUGGAGUUAAAAGUUUUGUUGAUGUCAUGUGGCCCAACGGAAACGAAGCUUUCAGUGCAACGGUGCUAGCUUACAAUAGGCUGGUGGCUGAGUUGGAAGAAAUGGUGACAAGAAUGGUGUUUGAAACAUACGGCGUAGAGAAAUAUUUAGACGCACAUAGGAAAAUGGUGACGUAUCUUUGUCGGGGCAUGAAGUACCGAGCACCAGAGAAAAACGAAACUAAUAUGGGCUUUGUUCCUCAUACCGACAAAGAUUUCAUCACUGUUUUGCAUCAGAAUGGAGUCAACGGUUUAGAAGUCAAAGCAAGGGACGGCCAGUGGUUCACAGUUGAGCUUAAGCCGUCAUCAUACAUAGUCAUGUCAGGCGAUGGAGCGAUGGCAUGGAGUAACGAAAGAUUGUAUUCGCCUUUUCAUCGAGUUACGAUGAAUGGAAAUGAAAGUAGAUAUUCCAUUGCGCAAUUUUCAUUUCUAGAAGGGAUAAUAGAAACACCAAAAGAGUUUAUUGAUGAAGAUAAUCCGCUGCGGUUUAAGCCAUUUGAUCAUCUUAAAUAUCUUGAAUUUUAUAGCAGGGAGGAAAACCGAACACUUGAAAGCGCCUUAAAAGCCUAUUGUGGAGUGUGAGAUUUGAUUUUGAUCUAAGUGGGUUGAUCUUGAUGUUAUUAAGUGUGUGUCUAAUAAGUUUUAUGUUACCUUUGUACUGUAUGUAUCAUAUAUGAAGUAUGGAUUGUGUGAAGGGCAUUAAGGCCUUAAGUCCUAAUGUUUCCUUAGUGCAUAUGCUACUUUGUAUCAAUGUCGAUUUGCUUUGUAAUAAUAUUGUUUCUAUCAUCAUUCAUCACA